GCCGCGCCGAACUGCAAUAUCGCCUCAAGGGAGAUUCAGCCAACGUCAUCUGGUGGUCCCCUCACCACCCUCAUUUUAUUGUUAUAUACACACCAACUCUGUAGCGAGAUGCUCUGCCCGAGAUCCCUUUCUUCAGUAUCCAGCACCACCAUCUACCAGCAUGAUUGACCCGGACGACGAAGACGCCAGAAUGGAGCGCAUGGCCUCCAACAACCCUGCCAUGACAAUCCCGGCCAGCCAGAUGGUCUCGCGGCCGGACUUCAACCGCCUGCGCUCGCGGAGCAGCAAUACCCAAACCCAGAAAGUGAUCCGCCGAUCCGACCCUUCAGGAGACACCGAGUCCAUCACGACCGUCUCCAAGUCGUCAUCGUCGCCGUCGUCGCCGUCGCCGGAUGCGCCGCGCUCCAAGUACGACGUGGGCUGGCGGCGGGUGGUGCGCAACUUCUCGCCGUCGUGGUUCAGCGUGACCAUGGGGACGGGCAUCUGCUCGCUGCUGCUGAUCACCAUCCCCUUCAAGGCGCGCUGGCUGUACUGGCUCUCGGUGGCCUUCUUCGUGCUCAAUAGCGCCCUCUUCGCCCUGGCCUUCCUCGCCUCGCUGCUGCGCUACACGCUCUACCCGGCCAUCUGGUCCGUCAUGAUCGCCGACCCCAACAACUCGCUCUUCCUCGGCACCAUCCCCAUGGGCUUCGCCACGUUGGUCGAGAGCUGGAUCUUCCUGUGCUGCCCCUACUGGGGGUACUGGAGCGUGUGGGUCGCGUGGAUCGCGUGGAUGGUCGAUUCCCUCGUCGCCGUCGCCGUCACCGUGUCGCUGCCCUUCCUGUUGAUGAGCCAGCGCGACUCGCAGGGCCUGGACAGGAUCACUGCCGCACAGCUGCUGCCGAUUGCGAGUACCAUUGUAGCUUCUGGGGCAGGAAGUGAGAUUGCCGAACUGCUCGAUUCCCCAGACCACGCCCUGGGGACGUUGAUCACUUCGUAUGUAAUGUGGGGUAUGGCAACUCCCCUCGCCAUCACGGUGCUGGUCAUGUACUACCAGCGCCUGGCCUUGCACAAACUCCCGCCGCGCGAAGUCGUCGUCUCCUCGUUCCUUCCUCUGGGCCCUCUCGGAAUGGGCGGCUACACGAUCAUGUACCUGGGCAAGGUGUCGCGGCUCGUGUUUCCGCGGGUGCACUUCUUCCACAACCUCCCCGUGGCAGGCGACGUGGUCUACGUGCUCGGUUUCUUCGUGGCGCUGAUCAUGUGGGGGUUCGGGCUCUGCUGGCUCGUCUUCGCCCUCGCGACCAUCUACUCGACGCGCCCGUUCCCGUUCAACAUGGGCUGGUGGGGCUUCACGUUCCCGCUGGGCGUGUACGCCAUCUCGACCAUGACGUUUGGCGUGGAGAUGCCGAGCGAGUUCUUCAAGGUGCUCGGCACCAUCUUCAGCGUCGCCGUCAUCAUGCUGUGGUGCGUCGUCGCGGCGGGGACGGCCAAGGGCGCCUGGAGCGGACAGCUGUUCUAUGCCCCGUGCUUGAAGAAUUUGCCUGCCAAGGGCGACGACGAAGACGCGAAUAAGGACGAUGGAAUGGCGGAUAAAGAGAAAAUGCCCGGGCGUUGAAAAUGUUCCUGCGUUUUGCCAUUUUCCACUCAAGUCACCACCUCGGUGCUAGUGAGAACAGAGUCGUGCUGCUGAAGCCAGGGAAGUCGUGACUGUGUCUUGGAUGACCAUGGCCAGAGCCCAGACGCUCCGAGCCGCAGACAACAUUAUUGUUGCGAAGCAAUGGUUUGAGACUAUGGGGACUGCAAUUUAUGCCAGUAUCGUCAGAGAGACAAAAACAAUCAAGCUCAAGCUCAAGCUCAAGCUCAGAAUCCGGCACCUCCUGUCCCAUGUUUCAACUCUCAGCUGUCUAGAAGACAUUCACCAUAUGUUCGGGGUGGAAAAAUACCCUUACGAUCCGGGGCAUGGUCUCCAAGACUGUGAGGAGAGAUGGAGUGAGGCCAUCACGAGGGGCCCACGAAUAGUACGCGUUAAAGCCCUUCGGAGGGGACUACUCACGCAUGCCAGUGUCCUCUGGCAUAUGAGGCUGAAAGGUUUGGAUGGAACAUAUGUUUGAGGCAAGAGUCAAGGAGAAGGUUGUCAACUAUAGGAAGGGGUUAUGUAUGGCAUCGGUGCCCCUGUGCCUUGACACAGUGGUUAUAAACAGCCGUUUCGUGAUGCCAUAGGAAUUAUGAACAGCCACAAACAAGAACACAACGUACGUCGCUGUCAGGCGCAUGGUCGAUGGUCUCCACAUGGAAAGCCUUGUACAUAUGCAC